AACCACCUCACAUACACUCCCUUCCAACACCCUCCUACUCCAACAACACAGACUCGACUAACCCUCUUGUCCCACCCCCCACACACGCCGACGCCCACACGCACCGGCACUCUCCCUCUUGCACGACCCAGCAGCGACCUUGGACCCGCGCCGGACCGUGCCACGACCCAACCCACCACCCCCCAUCCUUCCAACAACCAACCUCACCUCCUUAAUUCACGCGUCAAACCGACACUUGUAACCAUGGCUUACCGCUCUCGAGGAAGGAAGCAGGCCAAGAAGGGCGUCCAGCUCACCAUCAUGGUUGUUGGCGCGUCCGGCACUGGCCGCACCACCUUUGUCAACACCCUUGUCGAGCAGCCGCUCCUCACGCACCGCACGCAGACCCUCCUGCGCGACCCCGAGAACCCUCGCUCCGAGGUCGACCCCGUUCUCGCCCAGCAGGCCGCUGCCGACGCCCACAUUGAGCGUCCCAUUGCCAUCAAGCCCGUCAACGUCGAGCUUGAGGAGGACGGCGUCCGCGUUGCCCUUACCGUCGUCGACACCCCCGGCUUCGGUGACGGCAUCGACAGCGAGCAGAACUUCCAGGAGAUCUCGAGCUACCUCGAGCGCCAGUACGACGACAUUCUCGCCGAGGAGUCGCGUAUUAAGCGUAACCCCCGCUUCCGCGACAACCGUGUCCACGCGCUCCUCUACUUCAUUGCGCCCACCGGCCACGCCCUCCGCGAGAUCGACAUUGAGCUCAUGCGCCGCCUCUCGCCCCGUGUCAACGUCAUCCCCGUCAUUGGCAAGGCCGACUCGCUCACGCCCCAGGAGCUUAAGGCUUUCAAGAAGCGUAUCAUGGAGGACAUUGAGUACUACUCGAUCCCCGUCUACAACUUCCCCUACGACCCCGAGGAGGAUGACGAGGAGACCAUUGCCGACAACCGCGAGCUCCGUUCGCUCCUUCCCUUCUCCAUUGUUGGUGCCGAGGAGGAGAUUAUGAUCAACGGCGAGGCUGUCCGUGGCCGCCGCUACCCAUGGGGUAUCGUCGAGGUCGACAACCCGGAGCACUCUGACUUCCAGCGUCUCCGCGCUGCCAUCCUUCAGUCCCACCUUACCGACCUCAAGGAGAUCACGCACGACUUCCUGUACGAGAACUACCGUACUGAGAAGCUGUCGCGCUCUGUCGGCGGUGCCGACGCGCCCGACUCGUCGAUCCUCCCCGAGGACAUGGCCACCCAGUCUGUCCGCCUCAAGGAGGAGCAGCUCCGCCGCGAGGAAGAAAAGCUCCGCGAGAUCGAGCUCAAGGUCCAGCGCGAGAUCCAGCUCAAGCGCCAGGAGUUGCUGGCCAAGGAGGACAGCCUCAAGGUGCUCGAGGCCCGCCUUGCCGCCCAGGGUCAAAACCACUACGAGUAAACGAGCCGCCCCGCCCGGCCUGUUCCUACCACCCUCCCCCUCGACUCAAAUGGAAACACUCCGCAAAGGAGAUGUCAAUAAUGUCUCGUCAUGUCCCUUCAUGUCUCCCCUCCCCGUGUCCCAGCCUCGCUUCUUUUAUUCUACUACCCUUUCUCUCUUAUGCGGCGUGGGUCGUCUUCUAUACCGCGAUCAUGUUUGGUGGGGUCAAAAGGCCCUGCCGUUUAUACCACGGUAGAAUGAUGCAACUGCUGUUCGGCGCAGGGGGUAGG